UAUCUUUAUUUAUAAUAUUAAUGAGCAAGAAACCAUCACCAAAGCUUCCAUAAAUUAAAAGCUUUGACAUAUGUUUGAUGAACACUAGUGCUAGUGGGGACUCUUUUGGUGACCAAAGAACAAAACCCAAUACAACAACAAUAAUAAGGAGCUUAUGUGAAGACAACGAAAAACAUAAAAGCAACCCCCAAAGUGAGAAAAACAGUACCCUUUCUCUUAUUUCCGUUGUUCCAAUCCAAGUUUUUCAAAACACCCUUUAAUGGCUCCUCCUCUAUUAUUUGUAUUCAUCACCGUCACCAAGUAAGUGAUUUCCCCUUUUGACUCUCUUUGUAAUCCGUAACCAAUGCUGCUUCGAAAUUCCAUUUCCAAUACCAAAAGGUUCUUUCAGAAAACCUUACGAAGUUUCAAGUCUCUCUUCUCUGGUGCUGAUGCUGAACCUUACCAAAGGCUACCCAAAGCCUCUCCGUACAAUCCCUAUUCAUUCACCGCUGCAGGCGUUGCCGUGAAUCCCAACGACAAUGGCAACCCAAAGGAGAGAAAUGACAACAGGAAAAAGAUAAAUUUUUCAACUCAUAAUAUAGAAGCGCAAAGACAAGGAAACAAUAAGGGAAAUGUGAAGCAGUCUACAACACAAAGAAGAGAUGAUCAUCAGGACAUUAAGCAGCGUAAAACGAGGAGUGCCAAGGUGGGGAACAGACGAGAGGAUUGUAAUUCAGGCGAGAGAAGAAGAGAAGAAAGGAAUUUAUCGGUGCCACAAAAGCUGAAAGAGCUAGAGAUGAUGGAUAUGAGCAAUGUGGAACAUGUUCUUGACAUUGAAGAGAAAUUUUGGGACCCCCAGAUUCUCCAAGAAGAGUCAACUCAAGGCCAAAAUACCGAUCAGUGAGAUCGUGAUUCAUCCCUUCUCUCCCAUGUUUUGCGUGAGAGGAUUUUUGGACAGGUCCAGACUUGAAGUUGUCAUAAUUAUUUCUGUAAAUCUCUGCGUUUUUACUUUUGUUUUUUUUUUCUGAUACAACCCUUCUCUCCCACUUUUUCUUUAAUUUCCCUGAUUGAUGCCACUUAAGACAUGGUUGUGAGACAGGAUACGAAAUUUAACUUUGAGAAAUGAUUACACUCUCUGCAUUUCUAUUCUUAUUCA